AUGACUUUAUAUAAGUCCUUGUCUGCAGGAAAGGGAAUUACUGUUCAUCUUUAUAAAGACGGGACAACGAGCCCAUAUGAGGUUAUCUUUAAACUCCCAUUUAUUUUGAAAGACCAUACACAAUAUGUUUACUGGUAUCAAAUCUUUAUUCAGCAGAUAAGAGAGGUUUAUGGUGAUCCUACCGCAACAUAUAUUAAUACUUACUUUCAUAAGAAAGAGGAUGCUAGGGGAAGUAUUUCAGAUCUCCAACCUCCAGAACGGAGACCCGUGAAUGGUUAUGCUGAGCAUAUUGCUCAACGUGUGAAAAUGUUUGGCAUUGAUCAAUCAAUAUUGCUGGGUAUUAAAGUAUCGAGUCAAAGUCUUGACACUUUGUGUAAUUUACAUGAGACAAUGACGAAGUAUACACCAAGGCAAUUUAAGGAUUUAAUUCAUGAGGUUGCACAAGUUUUCGUGCUGUUCGGAGCGUAUAAUGAGCUUGAUUUUAUGGAUGUGUACCGUAUGUGCGUUGCACACUCCUUCUCUGGGAAAGAACUCUUUUACCUUUUGGCCUUGGGUAAUCCAGAUAAUGAUGAUGAGUUAAUCAUAAAGAGUCUCUUUCGGUCCAUGAAUGUGGAUAACUAUGAUUUCAGAGAAAAGCUUUUCAAACUGUGUGGAGAAUCUGCCUGCCCUACUAAUGAAUUGGUGCUUGCAUAUGAAGGUCAAAAUCCUAGCAAGAGGGAGAAAGUUACGGCUUUGAGAAAGGAUUUGAAUUCGGCUACGAGCUUUAUUCCUUCCACUGUUAACCUGCUGGUAAAUCUUGUGAGAACAUGCACGCACUGUAGUAAGCAAGGUCAUACUGAAGACCGUUGUUUCUUAAAGCAUCCUGAGUUGCGAACUGAAGCGAAUAAGAGAAAGAAGAAGGCUCAUUGGACAGAAAUUAAAAAUAAGAAGCGAGCUAAAGCAAAGAAGGACAAGAGCCAACAAGAAAAGCCUAAGGGAGAAGAAACUGCUAAGUCAUUUCUAGUUAGUCCUCAUCUGUCUAAAUCUAGUGGUCUGAAAAUGUGUUUCAUUUGGGAUUCGGGAAGUCCGAUACAUUUUGUGAGUGAUUUGACCCUUUUGAGUGGUUAUGUUAAAUGUCCGAAGUUCUUUGGUGACUAUGGCACACACCAUUAUUUAGCCCCUGGUUAUGGCCGGGUUACUGGGAGAACUAUUUCUGGUAAAGUAAUCACGAUGGCGAACGUCUAUUACAUACCUGAUGCCUCUGCUAAUGUUAUUUCGGCUUAUCAUGAUUUCGGAUUAUCUGUUUCGAAAUAUAGACUGGAUUUGUUCGAUAGUGAUGGAGUCAAAAUUGGUGAGGGUCGCAGUCCUGGUCAUUAUAUGAUCGAUUUGGAUUGCAAGGUUCAUGACAAUCCCGGAGUGACGCUUUCUCACUCGGAGAUCAAGGCAGCGCAUGAUGACAUGAAAAUUAAUCUAGUCAAUGUGUAUGCAUUAAGGUCCGUGAGGUGGGAGACAAAAGCAACUUAUGCAGAAAAGGAUAUGGAACAUCACAUUCGUGCUGGACAUCCUACAUAUCAACAAUAUCUCGAACUUCAGAAGAAAUUUUCUUUUCUUCCUAAUAUUGAUAAGGACAUCAGAGAACACUGUGAUGCAUGUCAACAGGGUACCAUGGUCAACUUUCGUAAAGAUCGUGAAUCAGAAACCAUUGCUACCCAUCCUUUGGAGUACUUGCAUGCGGACAUUUGUGGUCCUAUAUCACCAGCUGGUUUUGAUGGUCUGAAGUUUUGUUUAGUGGUUGUCGAUAAGUUUACGAGGAUGUAUUAUUGCUCGCCCAUGACUCGUAAGGAAGACACACUUGGCAAUUUUUAUGCUAUACUUAAGAGGUUAGUUGAUGAAUUCCCCGGUGAGAAAUUCAGGCAAGUUCGUGUUGACAACGGUGGAGAGUUUCGUUCUAAAAUGUAUUCGAGAGGACACAAAGAUAUUUUCGAUCAUUUUAACAUCUCCUUGAAAUUUACCACACCUUAUAGUUCACAUCAAAAUGGUCUCGCUGAACGAGCCAUUCGUGCUAUUCUGACGAAAGCUAGAGUUCUUUUACUUCAGAGUGGUUUACCGUUAACAUUCUGGCCUGAAGCGUUUAAGACUGCUGUUUUCACCUUGAAUAACAGCCCGAAAUCCCAGAAUCAUUGGAUUAUUCCUAUGUCAUAUUUAUCCCCAAGAAAAUAUGAACGUUUUGAACUAUGGGAAGCAUCUCCUUUCGGUUGUUUAGGUUACUUUAAAAAGUACAAGGUGAAUGCUGGUAAGAAGGUUGAUCCUCGUGGGGGUAAGUGUAUUUCGCUAGGCCCUGCUUUAAAUCGCAAAGCCACGAGAGUUAUAGUCCUUGAUAAUGAUAAACUUACUGAGCAAAUUGUUGAAACUCAUCAGGUUAAAUUUAUACUGAAGAAGUUUCCAUUCUUGGGUGUCCAUUGGACUGUUGAUCAUGAUUCUAUGAAGAGUCAUAUUAUGAGUGAGAGUCAUCCGAACCAUUUCUGCGGAGAUCCUGAGGAAGAGGAUGAUUCAAUGCUAAGUCCAGAUUAUGUUCCAGUUGACCAAACUGAUGGAAGUGUUGUGUCUAAUCAGCAAGAAAAUGAGGAGGAUGUUUCCAACAUGAGUGAUAAGGAUUCCGGAGACAGGCUGGAAAAUGAAUUGUCACAUUCGGUUUUGAAUAACGGUGCACUGCACCCGCAAAGCGAACGAAGUGGGACUGUUGAGCUGCCUAGAGCAGUUCCUGAACAGGAUAAUAUUAACCGACGGGCUACUGAGGAUGAAAGUCAACAUAGUCCUCGUAUGCUGAGUCGUCUUGCUGGGAAGCAUAAACUUAACUAUCGUCAGUUAUCAGGCAAAAGAGACAACAGAGUUCAUUCUUUGAGAGGGGGAGAUAUUAUGAUCUUGUCAGUCACUCCUGGAGAUGAUUACGUUUCCAAAUCACUCGCUCUGUUUGUUGAAGCUUUUGAGAGGAACAAUGUUACAAGAAUUAUGUUUACUAAAGUUCGCUUUGAACCAGAAACCUAUAAGGAAGCUAUCUCAUGCGAUGAAGCUGAUAAGUGGAAAACUGCUAUAGAUUCUGAACUUGAUUCAUUGAGAGAGAAAGAAACAUUUGAGGAAACGACUUUACCUUCAGGUCGUAAGCCGAUUGAGUAUAAGUGGAUAUUUACCAUUAAAGACGGUGGUAGAUAUAAAGCUAGGUUGGUCGCGAAAGGCUUCUCACAAGUGCCAGGUAAGGAUUAUCAAGAAACUUAUUCACCAGUUGCUAAGUAUGAUACUAUUAAAUUGUCUAUUGCUUUGGCAGCUAAUCUUGGUAUGACUAUUCAUCAGAUUGAUGUUAAAACGGCAUUCCUCAAUGGUCCCCUAGGUCUUGAUCUUUAUCUCACUGUACCCGAAGGUCUACAGACAAGUCAGAAUAAGGGCAAAGUCUUAAGGCUUAAACGCGCAUUAUAUGGACUUAAGCAAGCUCCCUUGGUCUGGAAUUUGGAAGUGUCCAAGACAUUAAGGUCUAUUGGACUUGUUCCUUGUGUCCGGGAACCCUGUCUUUAUUAUUUGUAUGAGAGUGGUGUUUUGCUCUUAGUGGCUCUUUAUGUGGAUGAUAUGUUGAUAAUGAGUUCUGAUAUUAAACUUAUUGAAAAGGUUAAGCAAGGUUUGUCUAUGGCAUAUGAGAUUAAGGACCUUGGUCCAGCGAAGAAGUUCUUGGGAAUGAAUGUUAGUCAGUCUGAUUCAGUGAUUACAUUAUCCUUGGAGGAUUACAUUUCUAAGCUUAUUAGUUUGCAUUUGGAUCAGUCUUCUCAACCGUGUGAAACACCUUAUUAUUCAGAGUGGUCAGACUUGUUAUGUCCUUUAGUGACUGAUGAACUUUAUCCCAAUCCCACUAAGUUUCGAGAGAUAAUCGGGAAAUUACUAUUUGCCUGUACGACUGUGAGGUAUGAUAUUUCCUUCAUAACAAUUGCGUUAGCGAGAUACUCAAGUAAGCCAGCCAUGAAGCAUUAUAAGGCAUGCAUGCGAAUAUUACGGUAUCUCAAAGGAACGUCAGAUUUUGCAAUUCGUUACAGAAAAGUCAGCAAGCCAAAACGUUACGUUGAUAUCAAAAGUUAUAGCGAUGCAGACUGGGCUAACUGCAAAGAGACAUUUAAGUCUGUGUCAGGUAACAUAUUUUUCAUUGAGGAAUCUCCUGUUAUUUGGAAGUCUAAGAAGCAAACUUCAGUUGCUCUUUCUUCAUUAGAGGCAGAAUAUUAUGCAUUAUGUGAAUGUGUUAGAAGUGCUAACUGGUUAAAGUUUCUACUUACUGAAUUACGUCUUUGGAAUCUACAGCGGUGGAUUAUCACAUAUGUGGACAACCAGGGUUGUAAGGAUGUUUGUGACCAAGAGCAUUUUACUUCUGAUCGUACUAAGCAUUUUAAGAUUCGUCUUAGUUAUAUUAAUGAUGAAGUUAAGAAGGCAAAUGUGAAGGUAUUGAAAGUUCAUACAAAGAACAAUUUUGCUGACCUCAUGACUAAAGGCUUGAAGCAAACUGAUUUUAAAAGACUAAGGAAUACUCAAGAAGAACUGAUACUAUAG